UCGUAUUUGGCGACUCUCUCUCUCUCUCUCUCUCUCUCUCUCUCGCCACUGAGUUCGAACUCUGAAUCCGGAUUCCAUAGUGGUCUUCACUCUCCAAGCUGAGCUUCCCAUGAAGAACUUCGAUUCAAAGAGCGGUUUCAGUUCGGAUUCUAGGACCUUCCACAGUCUCAGACCCCCUGUUCAUCUUCCUCCUCCUCACUCUCCUCUCUCGGCUUCACACUACGCUCUCUCUCUCCAUCUCAAAUCGCCCUGGUCUGACUCAGUCACCGCCCUCGUGGACUCCGCCUCCGGCCACCGAGUUUCCUUCUCUGAGUUCAUCCAUUCCUCACAAACAUUAGCUUCCAAUCUUCAAUCUCUAGUACGCCUCUCCAAAGGCGACACAGCCUUUGUAUUAUCCCCCAACCUCGUUAAGGUUCCGAUCCUCUACUUCGCCCUGCUUUCCCUCGGCGUCGUAGUCUCUCCGGCUAACCCAAUCAGCACACCCGCUGAGAUUUCCCACCUCUUUCAGCUGUCGUCACCGGCCAUUGCCUUCUCCACGUCGUCCACAGCGCACAAACUUCCGCACAACCUGCUGCGACUCGGAGUCAUACUUCUCGACUCGCCCGAGUUUGACUCGCUGAUGACGACGACGACGACGAAACCAGCGGUCCCGCUCGUUGAGGUGAGCCAAUCGGACUUAGCUGCCAUUUUGUACUCUUCUGGGACCACCGGGAAGGUGAAGGGAGUGAUGUUGACUCAUCGGAAUCUGAUAGCGUUGGCAGCGAGUUACGACGCCACUCGCUCUCAGAGAGAAAGGCCGGCAGUUUUCCUCUACACGAUACCAUAUUUUCACGUGUACGGCUUCACGUACAGUCUGAGGUCGGUGGUUUUAUCGGAGACGGUGGUGUUGAUGGAGAGGUUCCGUAUGGAGAAGAUGUUGAAGGCAGUAGAUGAGUUCAGAGUGACUCACCUAGCGGUGGCUCCACCGGUGGUGGUGGCUAUGGCGAAAGGAGAUGUAACGGACGGCUACGAUUUGAGCUCGUUGGAAGGCAUCGCUUGCGGGGCGGCUCCGCUAGGAAAGGACGCCGCCGCGGCUUUCAAAUCGAAGUUUCCCAGAGUCGUGAUUGUCCAGGGCUAUGGCUUAACAGAAACAACGGCAUCGAUCUGUCGAACAACAGGAGAAGCAGAAACGAUUAAAACAGGAACAACGGGGAAGCUAAUAGCAGGUGUUGAAGCCAAAAUUGUGGACCCUGACACUGGACUAGCCAUGUUUCCUGGACAAGAAGGUGAACUUUGGCUUAGAGGACCUUCUAUAGCGAAAGGGUAUGUAGGGGAUCCAGAAGCAAAUUCGGCGACUUUUGUAGAUGGGUGGUUGAGGACUGGAGACUUGUGCUACAUUGACCACCAAGGCUACCUUUAUGUUGUUGACAGGCUCAAAGAAUUGAUCAAAUACAAAGGAUAUCAGGUGGCCCCUGCGGAGCUGGAGAACUUGCUUCAUUCUCACUCACAGAUCAAGGACGCUGCGGUUAUUCCUUACCCUGAUGAGGAAGCAGGGCAGGUGCCGAUGGCCUUUGUGGUGAGACAGCCUCAGAGUUCACUCAGUGAAGCCGAUGUAAUUGAUUUUAUCGCCAAACAGGUUUCAGCGUACAAGAAAAUAAGGCGCGUAUUAUUUGUGAGUUCCAUACCAAAGAAUGCAGGGGGGAAAAUUUUGAGGAAAGACUUGAGUAAAUUUGCCCUCCAUCAAUCUAUAUCUAAAUUGUAAUGGAAUACUUCAUUUCAUUCUGAUGGCAAAUUUUAGAGCUAAUUAAAUCUACUUUUUA